GCACGCCGCCUCGCACUACGACGCUGGAGCGGCCUGUGCUUUCUGUGCCUGGGGCUGGCCUGUGCGUAGUGGCCGCAGCCCAAGCUGGGAGCCUGCGUCUGCCUUGCGGCCCUCGCUACCUGCCCGUCGCCUUGGACUAUUCUCUGUUCUGUGCAGAGGCGGCGGGCUGGGGAGGAAACGGCGCCAGCGUCAAGUUCCCAGCCGAUGGGAAGCCCCUGGACGCGCUGAGGGGCCGGGCUACGAGCGGCUGAGAAAAUGAUGCAUCCUGUUGCCAGCAGUAAUCCAGCUUUCUGUGGGCCCGGCAAACCUUCCUGCCUCAAUGAAGAUGCCAUGAGAGCUGCUGAUCAGUUUGACAUAUACUCCUCCCAGCAAACCAAGUACAGCCACACAGUCAGCCACAAACCAAUGGUUUGUCAGAGGCAAGACCCAUUAAAUGAAACACACUUGCAGACUACAAGUGGCAGAAGCAUAGAGAUAAAAGAUGAACUAAAGAAAAAGAAAAAUCUCAACCGAUCUGGUAAGCGUGGCCGGCCUUCGGGAACUACCAAAUCAGCAGGAUACCGGACCAGCACAGGCAGACCCCUGGGAACCACCAAAGCGGCUGGAUUUAAGACAAGUCCAGGCAGACCUUUGGGUACAACUAAAGCUGCAGGAUACAAAGUCAGCCCAGGGAGACCUCCAGGUAGCAUUAAAGCUCUGUCCCGUCUUGCGGAUCUUGGUUAUGGCUGUGGCACUGCUGCUUUUCCUUAUCCUAUGAUGCAUGGCAGAGCAGUUCAUGGGGUGGAGGAAACCAGCAGUGAAGUCAAGCCACCCAAUGAGUAAGUGAGGCAGAAAAAGAGGACCAGGUUUAGAAGAGUGUGAAUAAUUCCAAAGCUUCUCGGUUUUAUUUUGACAUACAUUUUUAUGGUCUGGGCUUUUCAAAUUUGUUUUCCUGUUUGAUUUUUUCCCCUGCUUUUGUUCAGAAGCUGCCAUAUGCUGACAGAUGCACUCAGGGCAUGAGCAGUGGCAUUAUAUUUGUACAUAGGUUCAAGUGUAAUACCUAACAAAGUCAUUUUUGCUUUUCCUUUACAGUUACAGUCAUGUCUCAUCUUUCAUUACUACUUUUGGGCCAUUCUAAAUAGAUGCUUUAUGUGCUAAUCAUUUGAAACCAUUAUAUCUAUUAGUUUGUGAAGUAAAUCUACAAUAUAAUAAAGAUACUGUCUAAGGUAUUUUUAACUGAUAGAACAAAAAAACAAAUGAUUCAGGAUUACUUGAAUCAUUAAUUGUUAUUUGCUCACUAAUUGUGAGUGCAACAUUUAUUUUCACAAAACCGGACACAGAUAUUUGUAUGCUUUGUCAUUUGCAUAGAUUUAGGUGGUAAAAAAAACCUUAUUUUUAAUGUUCUAGGUUUAAGCAGCUUAUUUAUUGACCUACAUGGCUUUAAUUGAUUUCACCAUUAUUCCUAAAAUAAUUCUUUAGUGUUUGUCUUUGAGCAGUGAUAGGUUGUGUUAUUUUUUAACUGCCUAAGAGCAUAUAUACCAAACACUAUAAACAAUUCAUACUUAGAAAAAAUUUAAACUAUUUUAUAAAAACAGCACAUUACAUUUUUGGUGAAAUACCAUGCAUUCUGAGAAUAGCAUAUUUCAUAUGAUAGAAAAAUAAACAUUCUCAAGAUCUGCAUGUAGCUAUAGUUACUAUAUUUUGCCUUUCAGAUAGUGAGUUUUAAAGUAUUAUGUUUUAAAACAUUAAUGUUGGUCAUUUAUUUGAAAUGUUUUUAGUUUUUCUGAGAAAUUGUUCCAUUGCAUUAGCACUUAAUGUGUUUUCAGGUUUAUAUCUACCAAAGGACACAGAUUUAAUGGUAGACUGUAAAACUGGUAUAAACAGAAUGCAGUUUUCUGACCAUCAGAACCCAGAUAUUAAAAAAUAUAUAGGAACCCAUCUAUGCAUGAAACAUGUAAAAAAUAUGUUGGUUAGUUUAAUUAAAAAUCGUACUGUGGCUUCAGUGAGACCACUUCAUCCAAAAGAAAAUUUUUUUCCCCUUGUUUGUUUUUAAAACAAGAUAGAAAAGAAAAAAAAGUGUUCGAUUGAUACAUAUAAUAUGGACGGGGAAAUCUUCCUUUUUUCCUUUCUGAAAGUACUGUUCCUUGUUAAUAUACAUCUAUUUUAUUCUAUUUGUUCUAAAUAAAAAAAGUAUAAACUUCAGACUUGAAAAAAUUCCACUGAACUUUACAGUGUUUGUACUUGUGGAUUUUAAAUGCCUUUGAGAUGAAAAUAUAGAUGUUUAGGAUCCCAAAACUUUUUAAAUAAUUAAAAAUUUAAAAGGACACAUAUUGUAUUGUUUGGGCUUGCUCUCAGUUAAUGCAAAAACUGAUUGCAAAUGGAUGUCAUGUUUCAUACCUUUUUUAUCAGGAAAAAAGCAGCAAGCCUUCAGGUGUUCCAGUGAUGCCUGACACAAUGAGCUGGACUUUAUGCUGCUCUUUACAGUAAGAGGUGUUGCAUUGUAUGUGGGGACUAAGUGUGCACUGGCGUCUAAGACAGUGACCUCAACAAUAUUAGCUUUGCACAAACCAUAGAGAAAGAUGUUGGAAGACUACAUGAUCAGUUGGAACAUUCUGGCAGCUAAAUUGCUACAAGAGUUUCUUGCAGAAGCUUAUAAUAUAAAACUUUUAAUAAUUUACUCAGAACAGUAUAACUUCUGACACACACAAAUACUUGCAUCUUUAUUCAUAUGUUCAUUAUUUACUUUUCUUAUGUAUAUGUCACUUAGCCGGUUUUUUCACAAUGAUGUUCAAUAGUUGGCUGCUUAGAAAUCAUUUUUUUAGGGCUGGGCAUGGUGGCUUCCACCUGUAAUCCCAGCCCUCUGUGUGGCCGAGGCAGAAGGAUUGUUGAGUUCAGGAGUUGGAGACCAGCUCCAGCAAAAUCGAGACCCUGUCUCUGUUAAAAAUAAAAAAAUUAUCUAGGCAUCAUGGUGUACACCCAUAGUCCCAACUACUUGGGAGACAGACAGGAAGAUCAGUUGAGCCCAGGAUUUUGAUGUUGCAGUGAGCUGUGAUGAUGCCACUGCACUCUACUAAGGGUGACAGAGUCAGACUCUGUCAAAAAAAAGAAAAGAAAAGAAAAAAUCCUUUUUCAAGCUAGUUCCUAAAGAAAGUUGUUUAAUUAAAUGUUUUACCAUAGAAUAAUAUACAGCAUUGUCAAAGAUUUGAUAGCAUGUUUUAAGUCCAUUUGACAUUUCCUUUGUAGUUUAUUUUAUUCCUGAUUUUGUUAUAUAUACUCUUUUUCUCCCCUGCUCUUUCAUAUGUUCAUUCCUCCUCCCCUGCCCUCACCCUCCAGCACAUCUACUAAGUGGUGCUGUGCUGUGUGUCAGAAGAUAAAACAGGUGUAUUAUUGUAUAAUGAAUUUUGUAUACAUGUUUAUGAAAUCAACUAAAGGAGUCAUGUUCAUAACAGUGUUUAUUAUCAGGAGCUAUGUCCCAAGAACAAAAGGGGGGAAAUGGCUACCUUUGUGAAUGGAUAACAUUAUUUAGAAGGCUGAAUUUUCUUUUCAUGUGAGCAGUUACCUGGAAUAUUAGAUCUGUACACUGGUGAGCAUGUCCUGACUCCAUUUACUUUUCUCCUUAUGAACAGUUUACUGGUGCCAUGCUGAAGAAAAAUACAUCUAAUAACAUGAAUAAAGUCUUAAAAUAUUAAAUACUUUACUUCUAUAUAAUCUAAAGACUAUGUUGUGCAUCUUUUGUAACACUGUCUCUUGUCAUGAUAAACACUGAAAUAGCAUGUUAAGCAGUUGCCUACAAUUCAGUAUAAUCAGUUGGGGAAAACUGGCCUUUUUCCCCUACUCUUAUGAUUGUUUCUUGAAAGGUAAAUUGCUAAUUUUAUACUAUGUAAUUCUGUUCUUCACAAAAUAGGUUUCACUAUUCUAUAUUAAAACUGUUGGUCAGAAAAUGAUCUGCUAUUCAAGUAAGUUUACUUUUUUCCUUUAAAACUAUUUUAACAUGCCUUAUUUAUUAUUGUUAUAUUAACAAAUAAGGAGCUAAUACAGAUGAAAUUCUCAUUUUUUGACAGAUAAAACCUUGCAUAACUAAUCUGUAGUAUGGGAUGAUUUUGAUACUAUCUUUGGAGUUUUGCACUGGAUAUUAAAAAUACAUACUGGCACAGUGUAUUGAAAGAAAAUAAGUAGCAUCUGGUUUAAUUUUUAAUAAAUGGGGACAUUUUUUAAACCAGUGUUUCAAUCAGACUAAAAAAUUCUUUAUAUUUUUAAUUUACUUUUUAAAAGAAACAUCUGUCAAAGUAAUAUUUAUUCCAAACUGAUGUUUGUGUGAAUUUACAUGUAUAUUUUCAUGAACUAAUAAUAGAGUUUCUUUGAGUUAAGGAGGGAAAAAAAUUUGGAUCCAUUUAUUGGGUUAAGGGUGAUCCAUUCAGUGUAAGAAUAAACCACAGUGUGUGAGGUCAAUUAAACUUCUACUUUAUAUUCUCAGAAGCUUUAAAAGAAAAAUUCAGAGGAUAUUGAUUGAUCAAUAUCCUUAGCAAUCAUUGUACAAGGCUGGUUGGUGUGCUGGCUCUACUGCUACUGCUGUCAUUGUCUGUAUAUGCAGUAAAAUUUUAUUAUCCUUUUCUAACAAAAUGUAAUAAAUCUCAGCAGUGAAAAAUUUUUUUCAUUGGACAUAAAAAAUUUUGAUGCUAUAAUGUUUUGGUUUUUAUUAUAGCUUAAUUAUAUGCUAUUAAACUCUAGGAUGUAUCUAAAUCUUUCCUUUGCUUUUUCUCCCUCCCCUCAAGUAGAUAAGUCUCUGCUCUCAAAUAUAAUGUAUUUAAUUUUUAGAAAUUUCAUGCUAUAGUAAAUCAUGUGUGUGAUUUAAAGUAAUCAGACCACUUUGAUUCUUUAAGUUUUCACGAUUUCCUUUUUUCACAGGUAAUUUUGGAGAAAAUAAUUACCAAUUAACUGAUAAUAAGCACGCUGUCCUCUGCUGUAAAAAGUCUUAAUAGAUAACUGUAUGUUUUUAUGUCCAUGAACUUGAGCUACUCGUGUGCAAUUAUGUGUAUGGGAAUGGAGUAGUGUUCAUGAUUUGUAUCUACAUCACCAUAUGGAUGUAUAUUUAUUAAUAAAGUUAUGAUUUUAAAACCAA